AGUACCGAGUGAGUGUAUGUAGGUGUGUGUGAGAGAGAGUACAGGGUGAGUAUGAGUGUGUAUGUGUGUGUGUGUGAGAGAGAAAGUACAGGGCAUGUGUAUGAGGGAGUGAGUACUGUGUAUGUGUAUGUGUGUGUGUGUGUGUGUGUGUGUGUGUGUGUGUGUGUGAGUGUGUGAGGGAGGGACAGUAAGUAAAGUACAGGGUGUGGGCUGGUCCGUUCACUCCCCUGACACACUCAAAUGCUCCGUCUGCACUUUGGGCCGAGAGAGAGAGAGAGAGAGAGAGAACUGCAGCCCUCUCAUUGUGUGAGCUGAGCUAGAGACCUCUGCUUGUCUCUCUGCUUCUGUCUGGAACUGCACUCUCACAAGGACAACACCAGCGCCACAGUCAACACACUUUUAAAAAAGAAAACCUUUAUUCAGCGGCUUUGAGACAGAAGGCUGGUUAUAUCUGAGCUUUUCGCACCGCUAGAGGAACAGCUCCAGGUAAAGGCCCUCGGUAAAGUGCCCUCAGUAGCAGCGAUGGCAGCGGAAGUGUUCAGUCGGCAGCAGUGGGCGUCACAGUCCCUGCGCGUUACCUCCAAGGAGCUGUCCCUGGUCAGCACGCCCGGGAAGACCAUGCCCAUUGCUGAGCGCUUCUCCAAGUAUCAGAGAGCAGCAGAAGAGAUGAACGCAGACAAGCGGAAAGCUACUGUGGAAGCCACACCCACCGCUCUUUGCCGUGGCAACCUGAACGUUCUGAAGCAGCGCUGGGAGAAGCAGCCGGUAGCCCCGCCCCCCAGCGCCACGCCCGUCGCCCCACCCCGUGCGACCCCCCCGCCCCUCACGAGCGCCACGCCCGAACCGGGCAAACGGAAGGACUGCCCCAAAGGCCCCCAGCCCCCGGUUGCCCUGGACGACAGCGGCCUCUGCCAGCUCCCGGCGGACGGAGAGAUGGAGGGAGGAGUGGUGAGCAGGAAGCAGAGAACGGCGGGGCAGGAAGUGGAGCCGGAGCCGGAGAGGCCGGCCGUCAGCCUCAGCAGCCUGAAGGAGAUGUUUGAGAAGAACCAGGUGUUCUACAACUCCUCAGAGGACCUGGAUACACAAGAAAGAGACCGAGAUGGGGCGACCCCCCCAGACGACCUUGCGGAGGCCACGCCCCUCCGGGACAGGAUGGCCCUGUACCAGGCUGCUGUGUCCAAGCAGGAGACGCCCACAUCCACGCGCAGCAGCCCCGCCCCUGAGUCCAACAGGAAGUUGGGUCCUGCCACAGACAGUCAGGGGGAUGGAGUGGCAACUCCCAGCUCCUACAUGUCUGUAUCGUCCCCGGAACAGGAGAAUGGCCCAGCCAAGCCUGUCAGAAGGUUUGGGCUGCCGGUGCGGGAGACGUGUGUGUCGUGUCUGAAGACUGUGUAUCCUCUGGAGCGGCUGGUGGCCGGUCAGCAGGUCUACCACAACUCCUGCUUCCGCUGCUCGCACUGCGGCACCAAGCUGAGCCUUGGGAAUUACGCCUCCCUGCACAGCAGCGUUUACUGCAAGCCUCACUUCAACCAGCUGUUCAAAGCCAAGGGCAACUAUGACGAGGGGUUUGGUCACCGGCCACACAAAGAGCUGUGGGAGGCCCGGGACGGGGACAUGGAGGCGGGGCCUGAUGUGGAGGCGGGGCCUGGGGCAGCAGGGGCGGGCCCUGCGGAUGGAGGGGCGGGGCUUCAGAGCCCCUCGGUGGAGGAGUCUCCAUUGGCCAAGGUCAACAUCCUGACCGCCUCGCUGGAGAAGCCGGCCCAGGUUGCCGUGGAGACGCCCGAGAGACCCUCCGAGACGAGGCGGCUGAAGAUCUCCUGGCCGCCGCCCGCCGACGGGGCCAGCCCCGCCCCAGAGGGCCGAGCCGUGAAGCCCGUCCGCGCCAAGUGGCCCCCCGAGGGCGACGCCCCGCCCGCCCCCGCGGAGAGCCCCGAGAGCAGCGAGCUCGCUGACCUGCGCCAGAGCUCCGCCCUCCGGGAGAGGAGCCGCCCCUUUUCCCAGGCCGGCCCCGCCCCCGAGAGCAGCCGGCCCCGCCCCCCACCCGACAGGGAGGCCGAGAGGCCCGCGGCGGCCACGCCCGACGGCCGCGCCCUCAACGGAGAGGCCGGCCCAGAAGAGCAACAGGAAGUGGAAGAAGAAGAAGAAGAAGAGGAAGAGGAAAGGAGUGGUCCGGGACAGGAAGUGGACAAAAGGCAGGCAGCGCUGCCAGGAGAACGGGAGGAAGUGGCUGAAGAGGAGGAGGAGGACGAGGAGGAAGAGCUGUUAGCCCCUACCCCCUCCCCCCCAGCCGAGGGCAUGGGGGAGGUGUCUGUGGAGUCUGUGGAGGAGGUGAUCAGGAGGAACCGCUACUAUGAUGAGGACGAGGAGGACGAGGAGGAGGAGGACGAGGAGGACGAGGAGGAGUAGGAAGAGCAGGAGGGCUGAGAGGACGACCGCGUCCAGCAGGGGUCUGUUCUUCAGAUCCCAGCUUUGGCCCGGACACCCGGUCAGAACCGGCUGCUUCAGUGCAAUUCCCCUUCAUCUCUGAGCUUUAAUGUUUCUCACCGGUCUGCACUACGUGCCAAAUGCUCCCGGCUCCUUUUUAAGCCACUGUUUUAAUAAUCGAUCCUCAAGGAUAAAUUACCGCGCUGCUUUUCAGAGUUUUGGUACUUCAUUCCAUUUGAACAUUUUUUGCACUUUUAAAUGUUGAACCGGGCCAAAAACAGCUGUCUGUUUUGUGUAUUUUUUAAAAUGAUUUUCCUAUGCAAUUUCGAGCUUUUAUACGCAGAGAAACAACAUCCACUUCCUAAAUAAUCAUUGUCUUUAGACAGAACAAGGGCUAACAUGCAAGGAAGUGUUUUUUAAUUAACAUUUUGUUUGAUAUUGUACGUUGUCUUGCCUGUAUGAAACACAACCAUGGUCAUUCUCAGGUCUAGUCAAGACUGGUGUCUUAAGAGUUGACUACGGUCAAUCCUUCACCCACCUUGCUAAGUAAUUCCUAAUGCAUACAGAGACACUCAACAUGGCCGUAUUUGAAUGUGGAGAAUUCUUGCGAUUCUUGUUUGGUGGGCUUGUAUCAGGGGGCGGAGUCUGAGCGAUUGCCGUUGCAGCCAUUGGCCGUUUUGGUGUGACGGACCCCCCUUCACACAGGUGGGCAGCGGCUCAUCAGCAGUGCGUAUCUGGAGCGUAAACCUCAGGCUUACGGCCCUGGACCGCAGGUUAGAGCUGGAGCUGCUGCUCCUUGUUCCACAGCCUGGGUUAAAACACAUUUUAACUGUAGCUCUCAGGUCCAGUGCCGUUUAAACGCGUUUUAACUACACCGCAGGAGUCCAGUGCGGUUCGAACGCGUUUUAACUGUUCUUUUCGGUUUAGAUUUCCUCUGUUCUUUACAGACAUGUAUUCACUUUUUGGGGGUGGAUUCUGCACACUGCAUGGAAGAGAGAGAUUUGACCACUAAACUUGUCCUGAUAGGCGUUCGUAUCCGAACAGUCGCAUGUGGACCCAAUUAACUGCCGCAAUGCUUAUUACAUUCCAUUUGUG